AUGAGGGCAGCUCGGUAUUACGGCAGGCGCGACAUUCGGGUGGAGGACGUUCCGAUCCCAAAGCCGGGACCCAAACAAUGUCUUAUUGAGAUUGCUUGGAGCGGUAUUUGUGGAAGUGACCUCCACGAAUAUGUCGCAGGUCCAGUGGGAUGUCCGCCUCCAGAGCGCCCUCACCCAUUGACAGGCGGCUAUGUGCCGGUCACCAUGGGACAUGAGUUCUGUGGACAUAUCAGAAGUGCUCCCUCGGGGUCGAAGUUUAAGGAAGGACAAGCUGUGAUGGCUGACCCUCGGAUUCUGUGUGCGGAUUGUCACUCUUGCUCCACCGGCCAAGACCAUACUUGUGAUCAACUUGGAUUUUUGGGCAUCAGUGGUGGCGAAGGAGGUGGAGGCCUUUCUGAGUUCGUUGCAAUCGAUGAGGACAUGCUGUACGCGCUACCUGAAAGUGUCAACAUCGACUUUGCGGCUCUCAUUGAGCCUUUGACCGUUGCGCACCACGCAGUCAAGACUAUUAAUGCGAAGCUCGAGGGUCUUGACGUAUUGAUCGUGGGAGGUGGGCCAGUCGGUUAUGCCCUCGCCUGCGUUCUCAGAGCAGAGAAUGUCAAGAGCAUCAUAGUGACUGAGCCUGCCCUCAAACGGAGAGAGCAAGCCGAGGCAGUUGUCGACAAAAUCAUCGACCCAAGGUCCGAGAACGUUGGCGAAGUCUGCAGAAGCUUCACAGGAGGCAAGGGAGCGGACGUCGUUUUCGACUGCGCUGGCAUUCAAGUCGGGCUCGAAUCUGCCUUCAACGCAAUUGUGCGAGGAGGCUAUUUCGUCAAUGUAGCUGUUUGGGAAGCCCCGAUGACAAUCCCGUUCUGGCAAUUCUUCCUCAAAGAAAUAAAGGUCUUUAGCUCCUGCUGCUACAACAAACAGGACUUUGAGGAGGUGAUGGGGCUAAUUGGACGAGGGAAAUUUCCCGGAUAUGAAACCAUGGUCACUGAUCGGAUAUCGAUUGAGGAUGUUGUCACCAAGGGGUUCGAGGAAUUAGUCAACAAUAAGGAUGACCACAUUAAAAUACUCGUCUCGCCCAGACCACUAUCAUAG